GGUCACACUGUUCCAAAGCUUCAGUCCUUUCACAUGUUUAUAUUUACUACAUUGUGCAAUAAAUUUAAAAGCAUUUAAGAGAAGUACGCGACCAGGAUGAGCAAAGAAUCGCAGCAGGGCCCUGGCGAUGGCAUCCGAUCUAUGAGAAGCACCGGAGUCUUCCGGCUGAUCAACUUCGAGUUGUAUACGAAGCCGAACAAGAUCAUCAUGGGCCUGGGACUGACAGCGUUUGCCGGGGUCUUCGGUUACAUUGCGUAUAUGAGGUACAAGUACGAGAGCCUGGGAUACUAUGUGGCUGUCCAGGAGAACGGACAAGAAAAGUUUAUCAAAAAGAAGUCGAAUUGGGAGCAGUAAUCCAUGGAUCUUGGUGGAAACAUCUUUAUUACUUGGUAGCACAAUUUGGUACAUAAAUUUGUUGUUUACGGGAGUUACUGUACGUUUUGCCGAAAAUAGUUGGGAAAUCACAAUAGUA